UUUUGCUCCGUCCCGUUAUUACGGGCAUAUACAGUGUUUCACCCUGUUCUCCACCGCACUAAAGGCCGACUGUGUGUGACGGGAUUAAGAAACUCAAGAUGGUCACAGUGUCCACCUUGUCUCACCUACUCCUUGGGCUCCAACUGCUUGCAGUUUCUCAUGCUGAAGACCAACUCACCAUCCUCACGAAGCAGGGCUCAGUCCUGGGACUGCGGGUCCCCGUGCCGGGGGGCCAUGUUUCGGCAUUCCUGGGCAUCCCGUACGCAGAACCUCCUGUUGGGGAUCUCCGUUUCAAGCAGCCCAUUCCCCGGAAGCUGUGGUCCGUGGUGUGGGAUGCGACAAGGUACUCCCAGUCUUGUCACCAACCUCUAGACACAAGUUUCCCAGGGUUCCUGGGGUCAGAGAUGUGGAACCCUAACACGAAGAUGAGUGAGGAUUGCCUCUACCUGAACAUAUGGGUGCCACACCCUAAGCCAGCCCGUGCCUCUGUCAUGGUGUGGAUCUAUGGAGGCGGCUUCUCCUCUGGGUCUGCCUCCCUGCCUCUGUACGAUGGACGUUUUCUGAGCCACACGGAGGGCGUGGUGGUGGUCUCCAUGAACUACCGGCUAGGUCCCCUGGGCUUUCUGGCAUUGCCAGGUAGUAUGGAUGUUCGGGGAAAUGCCGGCUUGUUUGACCAACGGCUGGCUCUGCAGUGGGUGGCUGAGAACAUCGAAAGCUUCGGCGGGGACCCGAGGUCUGUCACGCUGUUCGGCGAGAGCGCCGGUGCUGCUGCUGUCGGCUUCCACGUCCUGUCCCCAGGCAGCCGUGGCCUGUUCGCACGCGCCAUCUUGCAGAGCGGUACCAUCAAUGUGCCAUGGGCGGCCAUCCCACCCGAGGAAGCCCAGAACCGGUCCGUGGCUCUAGCCAGGCUUCUGGGAUGCCCGCCAGAGCCCGGCGUCGAUGUGGAGUCCUGCCUCCGCAGCGUGCAGCCCACAGACCUCGUGAACAGACAGUUUGAUGUAGUGAAGGUUCCACUGGUCAGGACGACUUUUCCUCCCACGGUCGACGGAGUCUUCCUCACCGACUUGCCCGAAGUUCUGCUCCAGUUGGGGCAGUUCAGCACAAGCAACCUGCUCCUGGGGGUGAACAGAGACGAGGGGACAUACUUCCUGCCAUACGGAGCUCCAGGCUUUAGCAUCAUGCACGAGAGCCUGAUCUCCCGGGAUGACUUCCUAGCCGGGGUGGCGCUGGCACUGCCAGGAUUCAGCCAGAUCUCACGGGAAGCCGUCAUCCUCCAGUACACAGACUGGGAGGAUGAGUUCAGCGGCUGCAAAAACAGGGAUGCGCUCAAUCAUGUGGUUGGCGACCAUUUUUUUACCUGCCCCCUGCUGGACUUUGUGCGCACGUUUGCCGGCUUUGGAAACAAGGCCUUUGUCUACUACUUCGGCCAGCGCUCCUCGAGAAACCCAUGGCCACAUUGGAUGGGUGUGAUGCACGGCUACGAGAUCGAGUUUGUCUUCGGCCUGCCACUGAACGUCAGCCUAGGCUACACGGAGGAGGAGGAGGCCGUGAGCCGGAAGAUGAUGAAACACUGGGCUAAUUUCGCCAAAACCGGGAGCCCCACCGCUUCGGGAUCGGACUGGCCACCAUUUGAGAGUGUGCGGCAGGAAUAUGUCUCCUUGGAUGCGGAUGCCUUGAAGAUCGAGCGCUUCCUGAGAGCCAAGCAGUGCAAGCUUUGGAACAGCUUCCUGUACAAACUCCAGGCCGUAACAGCGUCCGUGGAUGAGGUGGAACAGCAGUGGAAGAAGGAGUUUGAGCGCUGGGCCUCGUACAUGCAGAGCUGGAAGACCCAGUUGGGUUAUUACACAGCCCAGAAGCAGAGGUGUGAAGAACCUUGAUGUGGCCUCACAUGAGGACCUGCUCCGCCUUCCCAGCCCGGUAAACACACCACUAGCUCUCAGGCUUGAACUAUACACAGUAACUAAUGGCCAUUAUGGUUCCCAAACAUCACAGCAGGAAGAGCAGUAUUUUAUUUAACUGUUGAUGAGAUUCACAUUUAUUGUAAAUAACCAGUUUUCCACAGACUGCCUGAAAUCAGCAUUUCUCAGCCCUGCGAUUGAGCAGAAAUGUGGUCUGUCUGGGGGUCCCUGGAGGCUGCGGUGAGAGACACUGCCUUAGAUGAUGUAUUUCCAUGCAAAUGGAAGAGAUCGGAUCGAAAAAGUAUCACAGCAGUAUCGAACCAUUGUGCUAAACUAUGGAGCCAUAGGAGUGCCAUAACAAAGAAUACAUCUGUAAAAGAGCAAGAAAAUGUUGAGUAAGAAAGUAAAAUAAAUACGUAUGAUGAAUAAAUAAUAAUAAGAAAAUAAAUGCUUUUCCUUUUGCUUUUUCUGUAUUGAUUUUGCUUUUUCCCGAAGGGCCGACCUGUCAAUCAAAUGGCUUUGGGCGGGCCUUCCUGCGGGAACACGCCCCCUCAAACAGACUGAGUGGCAAAACAUGCUGCAACAUGGCUGAUUGUAGUCAGGGAAACUGCGAGACAAACGAUUAUUUGCUUAAAUUAAAGGCAGUUGGACUUGACAGGGAUUCAUCCAACUUCCCAAAUUACCAUUGGAUCAUAGACAUUGAAACGUGGCUACAAAUCAGGUUUUAAAGUGAUCUGGCUGAGUAUCUAAACUUUUUUUGUGGAUUAGUCCUUUAAAGGUUUGUCUUGGCUAGUUAACACUCUCUAACCAUCCCCCACUUUGUCUGUAGAACAUAAGGCUCAUCAUGGAUGUUUUUGAAUCAAUGCUGACAAAACUUUAUAGCUACACAGAACGUAAAUUAAUGAUGCUAAAUAUUUAAUUGAUGAGUAAGUUUGUACAGUUUAUAACUUAAGGUAUGAUAUUACCCAAAAACCAAACAUAAUUGACACAAUUUGACAGCCGCAAAUCCAUGUUUCAGAGCCUGUUUUCCAGUUGUUGCUCUGGAUUGUAGUGAUCCAGCCGUCUAAAAAGAUUUCUUGUUAAAUCGUGUUGUACGCUGAACGCUAUUGCUGCCACAAAUUUUUUUGUCAUUCAGUGGGUGUGACCAGAGUAUAUCCCGCCUACUGUGAUGUCAUGUGCAUACCCCCUAUUGACCACUCAGCCUGGGCAGGAAGGCCUGCCCAAAACCAGUAAUAAUUCACAGCUUGGCCCUUUGAGAAAACGCAAACACCCCAGGGAAAAGACAAAAGCAAUAUGGAAAAAGAAAUAAAGAAAAGCAUUUAUUUUCUUAUUUUCUUAUUUUUAUAUUUUUAUUUAUAUUUUGUAUUCAUUUUACUUUCCUA